AUGGGGCAUCUCAAAUCGAUCCUGAUGGUGUCGACAAGCAUCCUCCAACGAGACGAGGCGCUCCCUCCCGACGAAGACAUCGGCCCCGCCUCCGUUGCAACCGCGGCCAUCCUGACGGCACUCAUGAUCAUCACCACCAGUGCUCGAAUAUGGGUUCGAGCAGCGAACCGAAAACUUGGCUGGGACGACUGGACGAUUCUUAUAGCGAGUGGGGUUUCGAUCGUACGGUUUGCGUUCGUGGUCAAGCAACAACAGUACGGCAACGGCAGACACCGCGUCUAUCUCAGCGACCAUGACUACAUGAUGAUCAACAUGUACGGAUGGUGGGGUCAGAUUCUACUCUUCCUCGCAGUGGCCUUUCUGAAGGUCUCGAUCUGUCUCCUAAUUUUGCGGAUCAAAGACACCAAGGUCUUGAAGAUCCUGCUGUACACGAUCAUGGCAGGAAUCAGGAUUUACUCGAUUUGGGCUACAAUUGCCUUCUCGGUUUUGACCGACCUCAUAUGCUCCCUUCUGCCUCUAGCUGUCGUCUGGAACGUUAAUAUGCCGAGACGGACAAAAGUCUCAGUGUGUUUCUUGAUGGGACUGGGCUUAGCUGCAACUGGCUUCGGUGUUGCAAGAGCCGCAUCUCUUGGUAUCAACACCACCGAUCUGAGCUGGGCAUACUGCAUUGCCGGCAUCUGGUCAAACCUCGAGCUCUACCUCGGCAUCAUCGCAGCGAACCUGGCUCUCUCGCGGUCGAUAUGGGUCCAUUUCUUCGGCAGCAACGAUGCCCAAGCGAUCCCUGGCUCGACCGGCCGUUCGAAUCCUGCCGAGUCGGGUUACGUCAAUAGCAAACUCCGAGGUGACCAAUUCGAAGUGCCAUCGACAAUGCCUGGUAUCCAGAAAAAGACAGAAUUCUGGUGGACGGAGGAUGACGAGAGCCAGUCACAAACGCCGUUGAAGAGGUGA